CAAUCCUGUGAAAUAACGGAUAUUUUUUGAAAAUUCCCCUCUGAAAGUUUCGACGAGAUGAACUCGUCGAAAGAUUAUUUUGUAAACAAAAAAUCUUUUCACAAAACAUUUUCUUUGUGAGAAAAAUGGCUAAAUUAGUGGGAAAAGAAGCGAAAUCUGAUGGAAAAAUUGUCAAUAAAGGAAUAAUAUAUCCUGGGGAAAUAAAGAGACAAGAAAAUAAUCUUCCGGGUGAAAUGGUUAAAUUUAUUAUAACAGAAAUUGAGGAAAAUGAUCCUCCUACCAUGGGAAAUGACCUGGAAAAGCCAGAUUUAUUAUCCAAGAAAAAAACAAUGACUUCAAGGCCUUCAAGGAUUGCUCCUGAAUCUUCAGGAAUUUCAGCAGCACUCCCUUCAAUCAUCCAAUUCUGCUCAAUUUGCAAUGAAACCCUGAAGAGCAGGGAGGCACUGCUUGAACACAUGCAGACGCAUCCAGAGAGGGCGCAAGGACCCCUCUUGUCAUGCUGGAUGUGCUCCCGGGGAUUCUUCCACAAUGCCACAGAGGCCUUCAUGCAGCAUCUCCAGCAGCAACAUUCAACGGAAUAUCAGCCAGGAAAUGGCUUCAUUUGCACCCACUGCCUAUGGAAGUUUCCCAUCAUAGAACUCUACAGAACCCAUCUUCAUACACACUUCCCAGCCAAGAUGUACACAAGAAUCCCCCCAGCAUACCAGGAAGUGAAAGUAAUGGAGUCAAAGAACAAGGGAGGAAGUCAGGAAAAGAAGGGAGUUUUAUGCAUAAACUGCCUGAGGAAUUUUAAGACUAAAUUCGACUACAGGAAGCACCUUCGGGAUCACACCAAUUGCUUCUACUGCCAAAAGAUGUGCUCAACGAGGCAGGAACUCUUGAAUCAUGUCGAGAGCUGCCACAGAGGAUUGCCAGUUGAUCUGUCAAAUUCACCCGUCAUGUGUACGAUCUGUAGGACACACCACAGUGAUCUCCCAAAGCUAAAGAAGCAUUUGGAGGAAGAGCACAGAAAGGAGGUAGUUCACAAAAGAAUAUUUUGCAGGGGAGGAAUCACAAUUGCAGUUUCUUCCACAAAAAUGAGGAAAAUCCAAUCCGGAAGUGAAGAAGUAAAGAAAGCAAAGGGCUUCAAUUGGCAAUCAGUCCCAAUAAAAAUCAUAAAGGCUGAGGAAACAAAAAUCCCGGAAGCUCAAAAUGAGAAAAAGACAAUUCCAGGCAUGAAAAAUAAGUCAGAGGAUCAGCUGGAGAGUGUGAUUGAGGUGUCAGAUGAAGAAGAAAUAAAGACUGAAUGGAAUUAAAAUAGAAGAAAUAAAAUUCGUUUCAAAU